AUGAAGAGUUCCCAUGAGCUUUUGUUAACUGCACUUAUAGCAACUUUUGCUAAUUUUCACCUUGUUCAAGCUCAAAAUCAAGAAGGAGAUCAGCAAGGGUUCAUCAGUUUAGAUUGCGGGUUAUCCCCGAAUGAACUGUCUCCUUAUAUUGAGCUGGAAACUGGAUUACAGUUCUCAUCAGAUUCAAGCUUCAUCCGAAGUGGAAAGAUUGGUAAAAUUGAUGCCAGUGUGGCGUGGAAGUACCCAAAGUCACGGACAACGCUGAGAUACUUUCCAGACGGAAUACGAAAUUGUUAUAAUCUUAGCGUGCACCAAGAAACAAAAUAUUUGAUUAGGGUCACAAGUAACUAUGGAAAUUACGAUGGUCAAAACGUUUCUCCUAGAUUUGAUUUGUACAUAGGCCCUAAUUUCUGGGUAACAAUAGAUUUGGGGAAGCAUGUAAAUGGUGAUACAUGGAAGGAGAUUAUUCAUAUACCAAAGUCAAACUCUUUAGAUGUGUGUCUUAUAAAGACGGGCACAUCAACGCCAAUCAUAUCGGCCUUGGAACUAAGGUCUCUACCGAAUGACACUUACAACACAAGAUCAGGUUCUUUGAAGUCGAUAUUGAGGGCAGUUCUAAGUGAAUCAACAAAAGUUAUAAGGUACCCAAAUGAUUUCUACGAUCGAAUAUGGGUUCCACACUUUGAGACGGAAUGGAAGCAAAUUUCUACCAAUCUCAAAGUGAACAACUCCAAUGGUUAUCUUGUGCCGCAGGAUGUGCUCAUGACCGCCGCAAUACCUGUGAAUACUAGUGCUCCAAUGAGUUUUACGGAGAAUCUUGAGUUCCCUAAUGAUGAACUUUACUUCAACUUUCACUUCUCUGAGGUUCAAGCCUUAGAGGCCAACCAGACUAGAGAGUUCAGCAUUUUGUGGAACGGAAUAGUUAUUUACAGCCCUUUGAGCCCUGAAUAUCUUCACGCCAUCACUAUGUUCAACCCGUCACCAUCUCUUUGUGAAGUAGGGAAAUGCUUAUUAGAGCUUCAAAGAACUCAGAACUCAACUCUUCCGCCUCUUCUUAAUGCCAUUGAAGUUUUCACAGUGAUCAAUUUUCCGCAGUCUGAAACAAACGAUGAUGAUGUGAUUGCUAUAACAAACAUCAAAGACACCCACAGAUUAAGUAGAAUUUCAUGGCAAGGAGAUCCAUGCGUCCCACGACAGUUUUUGUGGGAUGGCCUAAGAUGCAACGACACAGAUGUGUCUAGCCCACCAAAAAUCACUUCCUUAAACUUGUCUUCAAGUGGGUUAACAGGAACCAUAGCAACUGGAAUUCAAAAUCUAACCAAUCUCCAAAGGCUGGACUUGUCAAAUAACAAUUUGACAGGAGUAGUGCCGGAAUUUCUAGCUAACAUGAAACCGUUGCUGUUCAUAGACUUGAGGAAGAACAAACUGACUGGUUCAAUUCCAAAGGCUCUACUUGAUAGAGAAAAGAAAGGACUAAAAUUAUUUGUUGAUGGAGAUGAUGAUAAUAAGUGUUUAUCCAGUUCAUGUCUCCCAAAAAAGAAAUUUCCAAUAAUGGCUGUUGCAUUAUCUGUUUCUGCGGUUGUGGUCAUUGCAGUGGUAAUGAUUCUCAUUUUUCUGUUCAGAAAUGGAAAGCGAUCAAGUUUAGGUAAUCUAUUCCCUUUUCUUGUUAUGCCACAAAUAGGUAUUACGUCAACUAGUAUAUCCGAAGAAUCAAUCGAGACAAAGAGGAGAAGAUUUACUUAUUCUGAAGUUGUGGAAAUGACAAAAAAAUUCCAAAAAACCUUAGGUGAAGGAGGUUUCGGAACCGUGUAUUAUGGUAAUUUAAAUGGUUCAGAGCAGGUAGCGGUUAAAGUACUCUCAAAAUCAUCAUCACAGGGCUAUAAACACUUUAAGGCAGAGGUCGAACUUCUUCUAAGAGUUCACCACAUAAACUUGGUGAGCCUAGUUGGAUAUUGUGAUGAAAGAGAUCACUUGGCUCUAAUCUACGAAUGCAUGUCUAAUGGAGACUUAAAAGAUCAUUUGUCAGGAAAACAUGGUAACUCUGUUCUGAAAUGGAGUACUAGACUAAGAAUAGCUGUCGAUGCUGCGCUAGGAUUGGAAUACUUACAUUAUGGAUGUCGACCAUCGAUAGUGCAUAGAGAUGUCAAAAGUACCAAUAUACUGCUGGACGAUCAGUUCAUGGCCAAAAUUGCUGAUUUUGGGCUUUCAAGAUCGUUCCAAAUCGGAGAAGAAUCACAAGCUUCGACAGUUGUUGCUGGUACUCUUGGAUAUCUUGAUCCCGAAUAUUAUAGAACAUGUCGGUUGGCUGAGAUGAGCGAUGUCUACAGUUUCGGUAUUUUAUUACUAGAGAUUAUCACAAACCAAAAUGUGAUUGACCAAGGACGCGAAAAGGCUCACAUUACAGAAUGGGUGGCACUUGUGCUUAAGGGAGGAGAUGUCGCUAAGAUUGUUGAUCCUAACCUUCACGGUGAAUACAACUCUCGUUCAGUUUGGAGAGCUCUUGAAUUGGCUAUGUCAUGCGCAAACCCUUCUUCAGAACAUCGACCAAACAUGUCACACGUUGUUACCGAUCUAAAAGAAUGCAUCUCUUCUGAAAAACCGAUGCAAUGUAUGGACCACGACAUGAAUUCUAAUAGUUCCCUCGAACAAAGUUCAAACUUUGAUACUGAGGUGGUCCCUAGUGCAAGAUAGUAUUUUGCGUAGACACCUUUCUUGCAUUGAUAUAUUUGUGCUUGUGGUAUUGUUAUUUGGUUUGGAUCGGAGUGCUUAAUUUUGUU